CACUGCACUCAGCAGUCAGCUAGUAGCACUGCCAUGCAUGUGAUACUGCCAGCCUCCUGCACACUCUGCAAUCUGCAUCAUUUAGCAGUAGAAGCUCGCGAGUUGAAAAAAAAGGAGGGCGUGCACAAAGUGCUGCUGCCUGGCUGCGAGAAGCGUGCGACUCGGAAAAAGCGCUAUGUAAACACGACGAGGGCAGCGAAAAAUAUUAGCGUGUUUGGUUGCGUGGAGAAAAAAAAUCAGUUUACCAACAACUGCCCUCGUACACAUAUAUUCAAAGUAUAAUACGUGAACACAUAGACGAGCGUGUGUAUGUGUGUGUGUGUGUGUGUAAGAGAGAGAAAGAGCUCAGGAGCUAGUCACAUGCCAGGUUCCAGGAGAGCAAAUUUGCAGGAGGUUACGGAAUGUGACUAGAUGUGCAUUCUGCAGAUUGUGCACAUCUGAGGUGUAGGUGUCCAGUAAAUGCAUACAUUAUAUGAGCAGAUGUGCUGCACGUACAGCAAAGCACAUGUUAGAUAGAAGUUGACGUGCGGUUACAUGAAAACGCCAGUGUGUUGCUUCCAAUCGUUGCACACUGAGGAAGAACGGCCAAAGAGAAUCGUAUCGGGUCACAGGCAUGGAUGAUGAUUACGCUGCAGCGAUGGUGACUUAGCAGCCUACGCACGCAUAAAUCAUAAAGAGGUUGGUUGGAGCGUCCACGAUAGCGAUACGAUUACUUUCUCGUAAAAUGAAAAAAAGUCGACGAUGUAUUCUCAAAGCAUGCACAUUGUGAUGAAUGUUUUGCCUCUCGUGACUCGUUACGAUCGUGUUUCGUUUUUCUCGACUGUAGAAGGUUGACGUUACGGAGCCGUGGCUGUCGCCUGUCGAUGCUCUGUGUGUACAUACAGUGCUGUCAUGUUUACAACAGGACAUCCUACGUCAAUGAAAAUUCUAUUACUUUUGGCUGAAGCUGUUGAUAAAUAAGAGUAAAAUAAAGGGAUGAAACAUUAAUUUCCUGGAAAAAACAAAGCUGUAGAUUUAAUGACAUACUAAUAAUUUGAAAUUUGAAAUCUACCGAUUGUGUUUCAAUUUAUAACAAGAUCAAUGAGUUUUAACGUAAUCACCCGAACGAGAAUAAGCACAUAAAUAGUAUCAUUUAACACGACCGAGCGACGAGUACUUUCACACGCGAGAAGAGACGAGAAAAGAGCGAUCGUUACGUAGUACGUAUACGGCCCGACUCGUGCUGCAGAUAAUAAACAAGCGCGUGAAUUUAGAAAAAGUAACAUCAGCGUAUCAUCGAUAGUAACGAGCCGUCGUCGUCGCCAUCAUCAUGCAGCAAGAGGGCAAGCCCAGAUUCCUCAAGUUUCAUCAGGGUAGUGUGAGAGGUGUAGCGUUCAGUCCACGAGACAGAUAUUUAUUCUGCUCCGGUGGCUGCGACGGCAAGGUAAAUCUGUACUCGGCGCUGCGAAUGGAAUUGUUGAUGUGUUACCAGAUCACGCCAAUAACGCACGUGAAGAACGUCAAUGCCGUGCGCUUCACAUCGGAUGGUUCAAGGGUGCUAGCUGCAACUAACACACGAAAGCUCGUCGUCGUUGACGUGGAGCGAGGCGAGCAAUUGUUGUCCUACGACAAUUGCGCUUACGGCGGAAGAGACAGGACGGGUCUGGCCACCGAUCCGUCCGGUCCGAAUCUCGCCGUUUCCGUAGCUGCCAACGGCAAGGGUUUGACACUUGUCGAUCUGCGAAUGCCACUGCCUUUGGAUUUCGUUUACGAUUUACACGGAUCGGUAAUCCGAGACAUAUGCUUUCUUCCUGCGUCGUGGCCCUGGCAAAACUCCAUCCUCACUGGUGGAUCCGAUGGUACCUUGAAGAUAUCUUCACCAGAUGGACGAGCUCUUUACGCCUUCGAAACUGGUCACUCGGUCAAUUCAGUAUGCAUAACACCCGAGCCAUAUUGUCGCACAGCUGAAGAUGGUUUUUACAGUUUGAUUAUGAGCGGUGGAGAUGUCGUAUCGGCCUACGUUCCUGAGACUGGAAUUCAGGAAGUAUUAAAAGAGCACAAAGACUCUCCGGUAUGGAAAUUGCGAUACACGUCGAAUGGCAGUACUCUGUACACCGUCUGUGAUGGAGGUGUCUUGAGAAGAUACCGAAGAUAUCCCGACAGACACGAAUAUUUGGGUGAAGUUUAUCACCACAAAGGUGACAUUCAAGACUUGGACAUUUCACCAUACGACGAAUAUAUUGUAACUGCCUCAAAAGACAGAACCGUUGGAGUGCUACUACUUGGGCCACCGAAUCAUGGGUUCACCGAGUACACAGAACUUACUUGACUCCGUCCUCUUUAGCAGUCUCGUUCGACAUAACGAAGAUGUGCGUAAGAUCGUUUUCGGCGAGCAGAUAUCGAGAUAUCACAAGUUCAUUGUACACAACUACUCAACGGCGUCUUUUAAUCGUUGUCAAAGGCUGAAAAAAUAAGCCAAUAAGCCAAGACAGCGGAAAAGUCUUAUUUAUAUAUUGUACAAAGUUUAAAAAAUAUUGUUAUUGUUAUUAUUUUAAAACAAAAAAUAUAAAUAUUUAUGAAUAAAAUAUAGCGCUAGAUAAUAAAUCCCAAUUUACGGUAUUAAUGUCGAUUGGGAUUAAAUUAAUUUCGAGUACGCUUUCAAUUGGUUGUUUUGCGAAAAACAUGAAAUCAUUGAAGCGACUUAUUGUGCAAUUUUUUCGCCGAAUAAAAUUUGACGAAAAUUGUUCGAAAUAUGUAUUUAAAACUGACUAUAAACCCCUUCAAAAUUGUGUAUUGACAAAAAAUACGUCAAUCGUAUCAAAUUGAGACGAGGUUCGUGCAUUCUGUUCUGUGUUCAAUUUUUGACGAUUAUUUUUAUAACUGAAAUACUAGUUAAAAUCGAAAAAUGUAAUUCGCCAAAAUAAUUUUUAGCUUGGAGCUGUUUAACAAUGAAAAGUCAAUUUUUCGUUGUAUUUAUUUAUUGUGCUCUGUGAUGUGUGAUUUUCUCUUAAACUAGCUAAGUAUAUGUGUAUGCAAACCACAUUAAUAAACGAACUGUGGAUAAAAAUAACUAUUUUGAAUCUUAA